UGUUUAGUUACAAUUAAUUAAUCAUGCCACCAAAAUUUGAUCCAAGCGAAGUCAAAGAAGUGUACAUGAGAUGCGUAGGUGGAGAAGUCGGUGCUACUUCUUCUCUAGCUCCAAAAAUUGGUCCAUUGGGUUUGUCUCCUAAGAAAGUCGGUGAUGAUAUUGCUAAGGCUACAUCUGACUGGAAAGGUCUCAAAAUCACUGUUAAACUAACCAUCCAAAACAGAGUAGCAACAAUAUCUGUUGUCCCUUCUGCAUCAUCAUUGGUGAUCAAAGCUCUUAAAGAACCACCCCGUGAUAGAAAGAAGGUCAAAAAUGUUAAACACAAUGGAAAUGUAACUUUGGAUGAAAUUUUUAACAUUAGUAGAACAAUGAGACCAAGAUCGAUGGCCAGAACUUUGGCUGGAACCGUAAAAGAAAUUUUAGGAUCAGCUCAGAGYGUUGGGUGCACUGUUGAUGGAAAAAAUCCUCAUGAUAUAAUUGAAGCAAUUGAUGAUGGUGCUAUAGCUGUUCCAGAAGAAUAAAAGUAGUGAGUAUUUUUACCACUGAUGCUCAAAUCCUAAAAUAUAUAUUGAGAUUAGGAUUUGAGUUCAGUGGUUUAUUUGGUAGGGGUUAGCAUCCCAUCCACCUCCCUCAGCAGUGUCUAAAAAUUUCUCAUGUAUAACUUAGUUGGUUAGUAAUUACCUGUAUUUGUUGAUAUUUAAAAAUGUUUUUGUUUAAUUAAGCUGUUAUUUUGUAAUGGUUAUUGAAUUUAAAUCAAUUAUAAAAAUUUGUCAUUGAAAUUUAACUAAUUUUACCAUUUAAUGCUCAUACCUUGAUAACUGCUUUUGGGUGGCAUAAGUGCUACUGAGGAGACAACCUCAAGAAAAUAAUCACAUUAUCUAUUACAAAUUUUAAUAUAAUUUUUGAGUUAUAAAAAUUUAUAUUUAAAUAUUGU